GGGGCGGCGCCGCCGCUCUGCCACACGCCCGCCGCCGACUUCCAGCCGCCCUACUUCCCCCCGCCGUACCCGCAGCCGCCGCUGCCCUACCCGCAGGGCCAGGAGCCCGCUUACCCUCACCUGGCGGACCCGUACGCGGCGCUCAGCCCUCUGCACCAGCACCAGCAGCCGGCCUGGCCCCCGCAGCGCGGCCGGCAGGACGAGCCGGGGCUGCUCUCGCAGACCCACCGCGCCCUGGGGCUCGACCCCCGCCGCGAUUACCCAGCCGUGCCCCGCCUGCUCCACGGGCUGCCCGACGGUGGCCACGGCCUCGCCGACGGCCCGCUGGGCCUCCACGGCCUCGGGCACCACGGCCUCGAGGACAUCCAGGCCGUGGACGACGGCGGGAUGAACCUGCUCGAUCAGUCCGUGAUCAAGAAAGGCUGGCUCAGGUGCUCCGAUCACCUGCUGCUUGCGGGAACAGGAAAGCAGCAGCUGAAGAUCGAGGGGGACUUUUGGUUUACUCAGAUGACAAGAGACAAUUUUGGUUCCCCAAAAGCCAAGGAAACAAAGCUGUCAGGCUUUAAUGGUAGCUUGUCUCCCUCCUGCAGCAUGUUUAUGGGCAAACAAGCUGCAGAUCAGACCAGGCAAACAGCAGCAGUGCCCAUCCCCUCGAAGGCCAACGGCACCACCAUCUCCACCCUGUCCAUGAACAAGGACGGCCUGAUCGGAGGGGUCACGAAUCCCAACGAGGUUUUCUGCUCCGUGCCCGGCCGCCUGUCCCUCCUCAGCUCCACCUCCAAGUACAAGGUGACAGUUGGGGAGGUGCAGAGGAGGCUCUCGCCCCCUGAGUGUCUCAACGCCUCUCUCCUCGGCGGGGUUCUCCGCAGAGCCAAAUCAAAAAAUGGGGGUCGGUGUUUAAGGGAAAGGUUAGAGAAAAUUGGACUGAAUCUACCUGCGGGAAGGCGCAAAGCUGCCAACGUCACCCUGCUCACAUCCCUCGUGGAAGGUGAAGCCAUUCACCUGGCUCGGGAUUUCGGGUACGUCUGUGAGACGGAGUUCCCGGCCAAGGCAGCAGCAGAGUACCUGUGCAGGCAGCACUCCGACCCCACGGAGCUCCACACCAGGAAAAACAUGCUGCUGGCUACCAAGCAAAUUUGCAAGGAGUUUGCAGACCUGAUAGCCCAGGACCGCUCUCCGCUGGGGAACAGCCGCCCCUCGCUCAUCCUGGAGCCCGGAGUCCAGAGCUGCUUGACUCAUUUCAGCCUCAUCACCCACGGCUUCGGGGGCCCAGCCAUCUGUGCUGCCCUCACUGCCUUCCAGAACUACCUGGUGGAGUCCCUCAAGGGGCUGGAUAAAAUAUUCAUGAACAGCACAGGGAACGGGCACACGACCGGGGACACCAAAGCGUCAGACAAAGAGGUGAAGCAUCGGAAAUAACUUUCUCCAGGGGGAAAGAUGACCCACUGCACUGUUUUCUGAACUGCAGAGUUUGAACCCGUGAGGAAACUCGUAAAGCA